AUGGCCCCUGAGAUCUCUCACUAUGAUGUCGUUGUCGUCGGCGCGGGCAUUGCUGGCUGCGCUGUAGCAAAAGCCUUUGCCGACCAAGGGCGUCAAGUUUUAGUUCUCGAGAGACAACUAUCAGAGCCUGAUCGUAUAGUGGGAGAACUACUUCAGCCUGGCGGUGUUGCAGCGUUGGCAAAGCUCGGUCUAGUUGACUGUGUCCAAGAUAUUGAUGCGGUACCGGUCACGGGAUACCACAUGUUCUGGAAAUGUCAAGAAGAAGUUUCUUUCUGGUUUUGUCCGCCUCCAGGACAGCCUCCAGAGAAUAAGCCAGCAGGGCGCAGUUUCCACCAUGGACGCUUCGUAGCAAAGCUACGACAGAAAAUAUCAGAGACGGAGGGCAUCACAGUCCUACAAAGGAAUGUGGUGGAAAUGAUAAGAGACGAAAGAUCCGCUGUCGUAAUAGGCGUUGCAUGUAGCGACGAACAAUCAUCAAAGUACUUUGGCGAUCUCAUUUUGCUUACGGACGGCGCCUCGUCUAACUUUCGAUCGCAAGUUCUCCCCUACCAGCCCACGGCGCAAUCAAGAUUCUGGGGUUUGGAACUUAUCGAUGCCGAUCUUCCAUUUUACAGCUACGCAUAUGGCAUCAUCGGAUCUGGUCCCCCAAUGUUGAUCUAUCAAAUCAGCAAGCGUGAGACAAGGAUACUGAUUGACAUUCUCGACGAUACCUAUAAGUCACUUGGGAGCAAUACCGAGGCUGUCAAGUCCCAUAUCCUGGACAAUGUGGUGCCCAUACUUCCCGAGAGGCUUCAACCCAGUCUCGUCGAUGCUGUCCGCUCGGGCCGGCUCCGAAGUGUGCCCAAUCGGUGGGUGCCAUCUUCGCAAAACAAGCAGCCAGGGCUCGUCGUGUUGGGGGAUGCUCUGAACAUGCGCCAUCCUUUAACGGGAGGGGGGAUGACAGUCGCCCUCAAAGAUGCCAUUCUACUUGCUGAGCUUCUCGAGCCAUCCAAAGUUCCCUCGCUUGCAGACCACUCGUUGGUUUUAAAUAAAUUAGGUGACUUUCAUUGGAGGAGAAAACGCUACGCCGCAUCCAUCAACAUUCUUGCACAAGCGCUUUAUUUACUUUUUGUUGCUGAGGGUGAGUUUGAUUAUGACGAGUCCCAGUGCCUUCUAUCUUUCACGGAAAGCUAA